GCCCUGGGUUGUGAAGCAUUCUCAGCUGUGCCAUGGCGGGCGAUCGCUUCACACCUGUGGUCUUGACAUCGCCCAAGCUCAAGUCUCGCUACCUCAACGUCUCGCCCCCUGCGCCCUUGAAGGCAACUCUGGCCAAUGUGGCGCACCUAGAGACUGGUAUGAUCCUCCCAGCCGACGACGACGAUGUUGCAAGAAUGAUGCGCAGGCCCUACACCAGCGGGGGCGACAGCACGCAUUUGACUGACAGCUGCUUUGGAUCGCUCUUCAGCACCCGGCCGUCCACCAGUCUGUACUCUGGGGCCUCUAGGGCCAGUUCGAGGAGCUGGCGGAAGCGGCGCAGCCCUCCCAGCCCCUCGUCUUUCUCCGUGAGGACUCAGGCUGACUCCCGAGGCUACGAGAGCUUCGAGCAGCUGCUGACCCCUUCCUGGCGUUCCCGCGCCGAGCUCCAGUCGCCUCCCGCGCCGAUGCCCCGCGCCCCGCCGACAUCCACCGGCGGAGAGGGGACGCCAACGCCACGCACCCCGCUGGGCCGGGCGCUGUGGUCUAAGGCCAAGGAGUUGAUCCCUCCGAAGCCCUCCACGGCGCCCGCCGCGCAGCUUCGAAGCCCUGGAGUCGUGGUUGAGGAGGGCAAGCGGAGCCCUCGAGUUGUGGUCGAGGAGGAUAGCUCCGCGGCGGCGGACAGCAGCUCUGAGAGUGGCUCCGAGGACUCCGUGGACCCCAUCCUCACCAAAGCUGUAGGUGCGCUAUUGCCGACGAAGAACCUUUGGAGCCCCGUGGUCCAAAAGGCCAAAGCCAACCAACAGCACAACAUGCGACGCACAGGCUUGGAUGAAGAGAUGAUGGAGCUAGCAAAAUAUGCGGUGGCUGCACAGCAGGCCGCCUUGCGAGAGGAAGAGGAGAGGAACAUGCCCACUCAGGUUCUUCCUGGCGUUUACUUUGGGCAUGCUGAUCGCCCGGAUGUCAGCCGGUUGCCCGCCUCAGGGCGACUAGCACGGCUACAGAGACUGCAACUGCGAAAGAUCCGAGAGGACACUGCAGAAGAGCGGCAGCGCUACCACAUUAGUGACCAGGUUGAGGAGCAGAUCGAUCCGCGCUUUGUGUCAUUGACUCAAGACCCACGGAGGGCCUUGAAGGAAGAGACACCCAGAGCGAACAAGGAGGCUCCAAAGCCGAGAGUCUUUCAGGCAAGGAAAGCUGUGGUCACCACCUGGGAGGGUGCCGAGAAGGAGGAAGCGCAACAGCGGAAGGUCCUCAGCAAGGAGGAGCAGGCGAAGCUCAAAGAAGAGAAGGUGCAUUGGUUGCAGGGCAAGGGAUGGCUAGCACCCCAUGUGCAACUGGCCUGGUGGUUUGGUGGUGCAGUUGUGCCUCACUUCAGUCACAGAAUUGCAGUUGCGACCCAACCAGCUGCCAAUACUGCGCGCGGACGGACCUAUGCAUCUGGCGUCAAUGUUGUGUCUUGCAUCAUGAUGAAAGCGGGUAAAGCUUAAUGAUGCAAGUGAUGCUUGGAGGUAGUGGCCUACGAUGACUGGAGAAGGCAAGUGAUGGUUUGCACUCGCCUGCUGAACACCCACAUCAACCGCUUCGAGACGGAUCCUGUGAAGCUUCAGCCUCAAUAUAUCUUCUAGCAAGCUCAACGCUGUUCAACACUGAGAGAGAGGUGCUCGAAACAUGUGAC